AACGUUUGUGGUUAUGAAGUACAACCUGCACCGAGUUCUCCUCACAAGCUUGAGCAGCAGGUGCUAAAGAGGCCAUAAAGUGUGAUUAGAAGUGAUGCAACGCCGUGACUCUGAGCAGACCUGUGCCUGAAAACAUGCUGGAUUUGCUCUGGAAGUUAUCCCACCUCAUAAAGUGUUUUCCCCUCCAAUUCCUUUCAGGAAAGCCCAAGGUGUACCAAGGUGUUAGAGUGAAGAUCACAGUGAAGGAGUUGCUGCAGCAGAGGAGAGCGAAGCAAGCAGCAAGCAGUGCAGCAGUCUCUUGGGUCGGCAGCAGCAGCAGCAGCAGCAGCAGCCAGUUUUCAGAGUCGCUGUCUCCUCCUCACCCAGCACCUUUUGAGGCAGAACCCAUCUCUUCUGUGCCUACCUACUCCCCCUCAUGGCAGCUUUCCAGUUGCCUCUCCUGUGAAGAAAGCCCCAGCUAUUUGGAGCAGCUGGUGGAUUCCUGCCUGCAGACAGAAGCACCUCUAGAGCCAGCCUUCAGCACCUGCCAGACAGCCUCACACUACACCUCAGAUGCCUUCCAGCCAGUCCCACUCUGCUUUAACCAGGGCCUGGCUGCCGAAUGCCCCAGCCCAGCUGAGCUGCCCAGCCCCCUGAGCCACGGCUGCUCCCCUCCGCAGCUCUCUCCUUUCACUCCACCGACCCACGGCUCACCCUCUGCUCUUGACACCAAGACCUAUGGCUACCCUGCAGAGGAGUGGUCCUGCCACCCCCCCUCCCCAUACACCACCCCUGCCUGCUGCUGCAUGGCCUGUGGCUCCCAGCAUGUGGACAACAGGCUCCCACAGUACUUCUCCUGCCCCAACACAGACUGCCUGGACUACCUCCCACCCAUGGCUGAUGACUUCUUCAGAAGGGAUAGGGCCUGUGACAUCUGCUAUAGCUAGUGGGGGGCUGUGGUUUUACACAUCCACUCUACCCAAAUCAGGGUAAUCACCCAUGAACUAUGCAAAGCUGCACUGCCUGACACGAUCCAGUUUGCUCUUCACUACUCAUACAUUCUCUACACGAUGCUGGCACUACAUUAGUCCUCUCUUGGCUGCUCAAGGGGUUUCUUGUGGCUGUUUUGGUGGGGUUUGGGGGUUGGAGGGUAUUUUUCUUACCAAACAGAUGUCAUGAAGCCAACUCUU